AUUUGACUAUACGUUUUAAUACAAGUACCUACAUCUAAUAACGUGGUUCUUCAAAGAUUAGAAUGAAACUUUUAUUCUUAUCUGUUUGCCUGUUACUGGUGAAUUUAUGUUUGGCAAGUGGGUUUGAGAUUGGGAAACCGUCGCAUGCUUACACCCACGGUGGCAGCCGUGAUAAUCAGGAAACUAGUCUUGGGAUAUACAAUGGUAAAAAAACCACUAUAGCAAAAUUCCCUUACAUGGUUUCCAUAUUAUAUCUAAAUUCAUACAUUGGCUCUGGAGUGAUUUUAAAUACUCACUGGAUACUGACUACUGCCUUCAACAUUGUUUGGUUCCCAAAAAAAGAUAUGUCGUUCCGAGUGGGGAGUAGCAACUGUGAGAAGGGCGGCCAGCUCUUCACUGCAGACAAGGUUUAGUGAACGUGAACUACAGUCAUACCUGGGACUACGAUAUCGCAGUCGUCAAGCUCAACAAGCCCAUCAAGUUUGGCAAGCACGUCAAGCCCAUCAAGCUCGGAACUACAAGCCUCAAGCCGACGACUAAGGUUGUGAUAGCGGGAUGGGGACCAGAG